AUUACCAACUCAACUUCAUGGCUACAUUUUUUCGAUUCAUUACAAGAAAUUAAGUGGAAAAGUUUAAUAUAACAUUUUUAUACUUGUUACCUAGCUUUUUAAUAGAUGCCCUGAAUUAAUUGCACCAGUUUCAUCCAAGGCCUAAUUCAGUUGAGAUGGAAGGAGAGGUAGAGCUAGUUGCUCGUCAACUUGCUUCGGCUGUAGAAUUAGCAAUGGCUAAUUCUGUGCCACAGCAGCAAAGGCUAGAGGCAUAUAAUGCCUGCGAACAGUUCAAAGAGAAGUCUCCUUUGUGUGUCCAAUGUGGUUUGUACUUGGCACGACACAGCGAGUUUUCUCAGAUAGUUAGACACUUUGGCCUUCAGUGUAUGGAGCACUGUGUCAAAUACCGAUGGUAUAACCUCACUCAACCAGAAAAACUAUUUAUUAAGGAGAAUGCAAUGAAGCUUAUUGAAGGAGAGGCGGCUCAGCUAGAGGCUCACAUCAAGGACGCGAUGUCUCGUGUGAUUGUGGAAAUGAUCAAGCGUGAGUGGCCUCAGCAAUGGCCGACAUUACUGACAGAGCUGAGCCAUGCAUGCACCAAAGGUUGCACACAAACUGAACUUGUUCUGUUGGUGUUCCUUCGACUGGCGGAGGAUGUGGCUAUUCUUCAGACACUGGAGUCCACCCAAAGAAGGAAGGAUUUGUAUCAAGCACUCACCACCAACAUGGGGGAUAUUUUUGCGUUUUUUCUGCGGCUCAUUGAGGAGCACUACAAGACUCAUAUCCUAUCCCUUGAGCAAGGCUUGCCAGCUGCGGCAGCCCAUGCUAAAGUUGUACAGGUGGUCCUACUGACUCUGAGUGGGUUUGUUGAGUGGGUGGCGAUGACACACAUCAUGGCAGACGACGGAAAGAUUCUGCAGAUCCUCUGUCUUUUACUGAAGAAUGAAACAUUCCAGACUCCUGCAGCAGAAUGUCUUCUACAGAUUGUCUCUAGGAAGGGCAAGACAGAAGAAAGAAGGCCUUUGCUGAUUCUGUUCAGUGCAGACGCUAUGGCUUGUAUGUUCCAUGCUGCAGGCGUGGCUUCCGAGAAGGCUCUCGAUGAAAAACAUUACACGUUCCUUAAAAAACUCACACAGGUGUUGACAGGCAUAGGGAUGCAGCUGUGUUCGCUCUGGGGUAAAGACGAGUGCCACACAAGGCCCCCUAACUUCUCCAUGUACCUGGAGGCCAUUGCUACCUUCUCCCGUCACCCUUCUCUCACUGUGGCUCACUACGCCAACGCACUGUGGACUGCAUUCUUCAAACACGAUCUCAUCUCCAAAGACUCGGUGUUCCUCAGCUUUGUACCCAAGUGGAUAGAAGCAACCGCUCCGAAAAUAAUGAAGGUGGUCUUUCCCACAGACAAGACCGUUGCCAGUCCCAAUGAUGCUGCGCCGUACGCUGUGUUAGAUUAUGAUUCAGAGGAAGAAUUCAACAUAUUCUUUCACAGAUGUCGCACCGAUAUGCUGGAUACUUUCAAACAGGCUACCUUGGUUGCGCCGCUCGUCACCUUCACUUACAUGCAGGAGUGGCUCACACUGCGGAUACACAAGACACUGACCAUCCGUGAGCCACUGUGUACACUGCAGUCUGCCUCAUACAUCGAGUGGGAGGCACUAUCUUCGGUCCUGGACAGUGUACUCAGCAGGAUAGUAAUGUGUUCAGAGAGACCGGCCGUCACUGCUGGACUACAUCUGCUAGACUUGUGUCUGGCGCUGGAGCCUCAAGAUCCUCUCAUAUUGUCCACACUGUUGUCCUGCAUCUCAGCGUUGUUCGUCUUCCUUAGCAUGUCACCCGCCGAGUCUACAACGAACUAUCUUCCGCGUGUUCUGGACAAAAUAUUCUCCGCUCUGGUGUUCACAUUGCCCGGAGAAACAAAGGAGACAAGGUCUCGCUCAGUCAAGAACGUUCGCCGUCACGCAGCCUCCCUUAUGGUGAAGAUCGGACAGAAAUAUCCGCUUUUGCUGCUCCCUGUGUUUGACAGGAUCAAGAUGAUCGUCAAUGAUCUGGAGAGCAAAGCUGACGCUCUCAGUAAACUCGAGAUCAUCUGCUUACAAGAAGCUCUGCUGCUGAUCAGCAACCACUUCUGCGAGUACGAGAGAGAGAGUGUGUUUGUAGGAGAGGUGCUGAGGCCAGUGGCCGAGCAUUGGCUGGUCAUGGCCAACGAGGCGUUCACCACUCCUGAGAGGUUCAUGGCUUUUGUGGGACUGGACAAACCUCCCGUCGAGCCCAGCAGCAGUGAUACCAACGGCCGCAACAGGUCUCAGAUCAUGUGCAGUGUUGACAUCCUGAGUGCUGUAGUCAAACGUUGUGCCUGGCCAGAUGACCCUGACCGAGCUCUGAGAGGAGGGUUUGUUAUCGGGAGGACAGACGCAGGGAACCCUAUCUACCGCAACCCUGCCACCCCUCACCUGCUGCCUCUACUGCCUGGUCUGCUGGCUCUCAUCAAGGUGUUUAACUCUCUGUGGACACCUGAGGCACAAGGGCGGAUAUCUCCAGGAUACAAGGGAGCCCACGCCAUGCUGGAGGUAGACCGUAACAACCUGCUGGGUGUACCGUCGUCCUCAGACCCCAUGGACGUGGCUCGGCCCCCACACACGCCACUGCAUCGCAUGCAACACUUCCUGUCACAAGUACAUGACAGUUGCUACCAGAUACUAGGCCAUGCCUUCCCCUCCCUGUCGCGUGACCUCUACCACCUGCCCCAUCUGGCUGACAGUCUCAUAGUCACUGUGCUGCACAACCUGGAGUACAUCCCAGACUACAGACUCAGGCCAGUUGUGAGGGUGUUCUUCAAGCCGUUUGUCGCCAGCUGUCCGUCCGACUGCUACGACACUGUUGUAGUUCCUGUACUCGCACAAUUUACUCCUUUUAUGUUUUCAAGGCUGAAUACCAAAUGGCAGCAUAUUGCUGAACUUCAAGAGUCUGGUUCCGCAGACGACGAAAACACGGAUGCCCAGGAGAUGUUGGAAGACAUGUUGAACAGACAGCUGACCAGGGAGUACCUGGACGUGUUGAAGCUUGCGCUGGUCGGAGGCUCAGUGGAGAUCAGUAACUCCCCCGCCAUGGAGGAGGACUGCGGGGACCAGAGGCCGGUUCACAGCACCGCCGAGGUCAUCAGUGAGCUAGGACUGCGAGUGCUGCAGUGUGAACCUACCUGUCAGGCUGUCACACUGUGUCUUCUCAGUGCGUUGUCUUGGAACGACAGCAAUGGCAGUAUGAAAGCGACGGGGCUGGUAGCACCUGUGGUGCGCCAGCUGGUGGUCGGGGGGAGAAUGAAUGCCGCACUUGCAAUGCAUACCAUCACUGUAGUGCUGCAGGGUCUGCAGGUGCAUGGGCAGCACGACGCCAACCAGGGCAGCCUGUUGAUGUUGGGUACUCAGCUGUACGAGCUACUGCGACCCAAGUAUCCUGAGGUAGUGGAGGUUAUGAAGCAAAUCCCAGAAGUAAAUCCCUUGGAUCUCCAAAAAUUAGACGAGAGAAUGAUGAAAGAAGCACAGAAGGGAAAUAAAGUUGAAAAAGCCAAAAAAGAAAUGUUCAAAAAAAUCACUUUGCCUCUGCAUGGUCUCAGCAUAGGACAGUUGUUCAGGCGGAAAGCUUUCAUCCGAGAGCUUCCAAGGACAGAGUCUAAUAGCAAACGAGCCAAGAACCAACACCUGCUUGGAAACGGUACUGCGGAAAAUGACGCAGCUCUUGUCAAUCUGUUCAAAACGACGUAGCAUCCCCCUCGCAAUCCUUACUGUUGUAAAUAUCCAGUUCUCAAUGUGAAAUCAAAUGUUUGUGGGGAUUUUUCCAUCAAGCUUUAUUCUUUUGUUUUUAUUUAUUUAUGUCUUAUUUUGGAUGAUUAAAGGUGACUUAGUGCCGGAACUGACUAGAUAUGUAGCUUUGGUUUUUAUUAUGUUUAUAGUAAAGUUGUACAAAACUGCAUUUCUUCAUCACAACAGUCAAAACUUUAUGAAGUAAAAUCAUGUUAGGUGUAUUUGUUAACAUAAAUCAUAAUAUUGUAACAGACAUAAUUUAACUUAUCAUAAUAUUUUGUUCUACAUGUUUUGUUAAGUUUAUUUCUGUUUUUAUUAUGUUAAUUUUCUAUUCAAGAGUUACAAUUUUUAAGUUGAAAGUAAAAUCAUGUUAAAUAGAAACAAUAAAAAAAAGUUCUGUAGUAAAAAAAAACAACUACCUAGGCCUAUAAAUGUAAAUCAGUUGGGAAUGUUUUCAAAAACUACUGUUUUAUUGUUAGUUUAAAUUAUACAACUUAUAUAAUAUUGAGGUCAUAAAUUAUAAAUUGAAAUUUACAAUUACCGUAUUGAAUUAGAAGUUUUUAAAUCACACAUUUUUUUAAAGAGGGUUUUAAUGAAUCUGUGUAAGUCAUUGUUAUGGAAAAGAGUUAUAUAAUUUUCAACUGAAAAUACGUCAUUCCAUUGUUUUGUUUAUUCAAAUUACUUGUUUUUGACACUAAGUGUCUCUUAUACUGUAGCUGAAAGCAAUUUUUUACAAUAUUCUUAAGUCAUGUAAAUGUUUCUUUAAAUUAUUUUGAUAUAAUCUUUUACCUAAUUUGAUUGUAUAUAUGAAUGUUUGGUCCUAUUUAUUUAAUUAGGUUUUAACUCAGAUACAUAUUAAUUUUACAUGAUUGUUUGUUGAACAAUUUUAUACAUAGUGUUUUUCUUUACCAACUCAACUCCAGUAACAUGUAUAAUGUAUUCAAUGACUGAUUAGCGGGAAAACUGAUUUUCUAACAUAUGAUUUAUAGAAUAGCAAUGUUGGUUUUAUUUUUCAUUAAUGUUAUAGUUAUUGUUGAAAAAUAAAAUGUUUGUAACAUGUUGAAGGGUUUAUAGUGUUUUAUUUUUAAUUAAAUAAAGGCAAGUUAUUUUUACUUAGAUAUAUUUGAAUCACACUUUCAAAAUACUUCCCAGUGUUAGCAGCGGGGAAAAAGAUCAUUCAGGAUGUUUGUUGGAUUUCAUUAAAAAGUAGCUGUUUGUGCAAGUAGCUGGCACUUUUUAAAACGAGAGAAAGAUGUUGAUGCAUCAGGUCCAAGUGCAUAAAGAUCAUGAGUUGAAACAUUGAGGUUAGGAUUUUUUGUGCCCAAACUGCAGUAUUGAGGAAUCCUGUACAGUUCGACACUUGAUAAAUAAUAUCAUUGCCAACUUCUAAUUUGGCAAAGGAAAAAUACUAUCCAUUUACAUACUGUUAAUUAUCUUCAUAAAUUAAAUUAAUUACCUCCUCAUUAUCCUAAAACGUUUACGUUGAUUGUUUGUGACAUUAUACAUGUAUUUCUUUUUUAAUCAAUCAUAUUUUUAAUUUUUAAUUCACACAGCCAAUUUUCUGUUGAAUAUUAUUUAGUUAGGAUAAACUUAACAAAUAUUGUUUUUUUUUUACUCCCAGAGUGAAAAAAGUGUAAGAUGUUGAGAAAUCAGGUGGUUUACAAACUAAUUUAAGUGAACAUCACUUUGUUUGACAACAAACUGUAGACAAUGUCUUGGUAACCAUAUCUGUUGUAAACAUUUCUAAUUAAUUAUAAGUUACUUUGGAUUUUGGCUUCUAGUGUGCAAAAAUCAUCAAAUAAAUGUUUUGAGAUCCAUUUCUCCAAUAAAAAGUUUCUGCCUAAAAUAAUUAGUCCAUGGUACUAUUGUAUAGAUUUAGUGGAGGAAUUUUCGCCAUCGUUACUGUCAUAGGUUUUGCAAUUUUAUCAUAGCAUUGUCUUUAUAAAGCAAUUUUAUCCAAUUCACAAUCAUAAACCAUUCCUGAAACUACUGUGAAAAUAUUGGGUGCUACUUGGAAUAAUAUCAACAUGUGAAUUUUGUAUGUCUUUUAAAUUUCCUAUUAUGUAUAUAAAUAAUCAUUAGAACAUUCUAUUAUGUUUUUGAACACCAUCAAGUGUUGAUGAUCAGUUAUUUGGCAGUGUACAAAUCAUUUGCCAACUAUUUCUAAUCAAAAUCUGCUUGCUUGUAGAACCUUAGAUGUUUAAUUAUACUUUUAUGACACAUUUAUACAGUAACUUUAGAAGCUUUACUACGGAUAGUCACUAAAGAAUGUAUAUUAUUUCAUUUCUUACUAUUGAUAUCCCUGCUGCAGCAAACCUUCUGACCAAUUGGAUUCCCAUUUGCCUGAUUGAUUUUCACUACAAUAUUUCCUAAAAAAUGUCAGAUUUAUUGAAUAAAAUUAGGUUUGAUAAGUAAGUAGGGUUGCUGCUCCAGGGCAGGUAAAUAAAGUGAGUUUUUUUUUAGUAAAAUGUCAAUAGCUUAGUAUGAGAUUUAAAAAUUGCCAAAUUUGAUGAAAAUAUAUAAAUAUUAAAAAACAGUUUACAGUGGUUUAAUAUACUGUACAAAUAAAAUACAAAUUUUAAAUUUUCGGUUUUUGGAAAUUUGUUUUUGUAAAAAUUUUCAAUCCUACAAAAAACACUAAAAAAUAAAAAAAGUUUUUAGCGAAUUUCCCAUAUAGGGAAAUAAUCUUUUUAGCUUUUACAGUCUUAUUGCAUUAAUUUCCUUUUCAAAUUAGACAGGUUUAAUUUCUUUAAAUUUUAAUUUUGUAUUGGGGAAGGAAGGUUUAUAUAGAAACACAAUCCCACUAACUAUGAAGAUACAAGUUGAAGUUUUGUUGUAUUAUAUUAUUUUGAUCGACAUAAUUGACUCUAUGGCUGUGAGGGAUAUUGGCAUACUUAAUGUUCAGUUUUUUCUUUUUGUUUCUACACAAUCAUCCAGACAAUAUUUUUUUUUUAUAGAUAUUGUAAUUAUAAAUGCUCAUGUAUUUAAUGUUUUGUUAAUUUUUGUAAAUAACUUAUUUUAUCAGUAAGUUUUGAUUCUACAGUAGGUUAUUGUUGUAAAUUCAAGAGUGAAGCCAAUAAACUGAUAUUUGUAAACAA